ACUUUAGUAAUGUUAAUAGUUGAAUAAUAGUCAACUGUGAGGCUUGUCGGUACUAACGGUAAAAAUGGAUUUGAAAAUUGACUUGUAGUCAAUAUUUUUUUCAACUCUUUGGACAUAUAAAUACGGAUAAAUGAAGCUCCAUGUUUCUAUGAGAAAAAUAAAUUGGCUACAAGCGAUUGCCUGAGAGAUAACACAUGGCUCGUUUCCUCCUUAUUGUUACAUUGUCUUUCUUCUCUUUAAGGUUAUGUUUUGCUGGGGAUGUUUUCUCGUUCUCUAGCGAGCUAAAGGACUCGGAGACACUCGUCUCCAAUCGCAGCACCUUCAGGUUUGGUUUCUUCAGUCCUGUUAACUCCACGGGUCGCUACGCAGGGAUUUGGUUCAAUAAAAUUUCUACGCCGCCUGCGGUGGUUUGGGUAGCAAACAGAGACAGCCCGAUCAAUGACUCUUCAGGAGUGAUUGUGAUAUCCAAAGACGGGAAUCUCGUGAUUCAGGAUGGUCACGGACGGGUUCACUGGUCCACAUAUGUCUCACAACCAGUAGCUGCUAACACCACAUAUGCAAGGCUUCUGAAUACAGGGAACCUUGUACUGCAAGGAAUUUCAAACAGUGGGGAUAAGAUUCUGUGGGAAAGUUUCCAGAAUCCUCAAAAUGCAUUCUUGCCAACAAUGAUAGUUUCUACUGAUUCAAAAACAGGAAGGAGCCUUAAGCUUGGAUCUUGGAAAACACGUUCUGAUCCUUCUCCUGGACGCUACUCUGCUGGUGUGAUUCCUUUACCGUUUCCGGAGCUUGCCAUCUGGAAAGAUGAUUUGAUGGUGUGGCGUAGCGGCCCGUGGAAUGGUCAGUACUUUAUUGGACUACCAGAAAUGAAUUUUGGCGUCAAUCUUUACGAGUUUACCCUUGAUAAUAACAACCAAGGAUCCGUCUCCAUGUCAUAUACUAAUCAUGACGCGCUGUUCCAUUUUUUCUUGGACUCCGAGGGGUAUGUGGUGGAGAAACACUGGAACGAGGGUAAGCAAGAAUGGAUGACCGGGAUACUGUUUCCAUCAAAUUGUGAUAUAUAUGGUAAAUGCGGCCAAUUCGCUAGUUGCCAAUCCCGGUUAGAUCCGCCUUGCAAGUGCAUUAGAGGGUUUGAGCCGCGGAGUCAUGCGGAGUGGAGCAGAGGAAACUGGACUCGGGGAUGCGUAAGAAAGAAGCCGUUGCAGUGCGAGAGACGAGACAAUAAUGGAAGUAGAGAGGGUGAUGGGUUUGUGAGAUUGAUAAAGAUGAAGGUGCCCAACAAUCCACAGCGAUAUAAAGUCAGCGAACAAGACUGUCCUGAAAGCUGUCUGAAAAACUGUUCUUGUACGGCUUACACUUACGGCCAAGGGAUGGGCUGUCUUCUUUGGAGCGGAAACUUGAUCGAUAUGCAGCAGUAUUUGGGCUCUGGUGUUCCUCUUUACAUCCGUCUGGCAGGUUCAGAGCUCAGUAAGUAUCAGUAUCCCCAUUUCCAUAAAACUACAGUAUAAUAGUUCAGGUAGAUUUCUCACCAAAUCUU